UGUACUACAACAACGUUUUGAUUUGUCAACAGCUCGUGGUUCCGAUACAAAUGCUUAUGUUCAGUCAAAUGUUGCUAAUCUCUUAGCUUUUCAAGGAAUAAAAUUGUCUGCAAUUCUGAAGUGGAUAUUGCUGUUCGUGCCGAAACAGAAGUAAAUUUAGCACCAAACUUGGAGUUGUUGGAUGAAGAAAAAUGCGGAUGACAUUAGGUAUUGAUGCUUUUUUUGUUGGUGGAUCUUCAUGGAGAAGUCUUCAUCUGAUUCAGAUUCAUCAGGUUUUUUGGUAAUAUUGAAGAGUAUGGGCCCCAUUUUUUUCUCCCUAUUUUUCCCCCUAUAUUUUUACAUAAUGGUCAGACUUUUUCCUUCCUUCCAUCCAACUUGCCUUUAUAAUUUUUGCCUUGAAACAAAGAAAAAAGUUUUUUUGGUAUUUAACAAGUAUGAGUUUUGA